GAUACUCCGUGCAUACGCACGCACACCGUCCAUGCGUACAGACCACCGCGGGCAGUCUCAAUUUGACGAGAUACGAUAAUUGCGAAAAUUCUUAACCUAAUAAAUAAUUCCCUCUUAAAAAAAACAGUGCAAUCACGUAAAAUCCAAUAGUCAGUGAAAAAUAAUUGAUUGAAGAGAAUUUACCGUGUGGAUUUUGGUCUUGACCAUCAAAAACACUUCGAUUGGAUCUCUGAUCAUCAGUGUAUUCCGCAUCUCAUCAGAAAUCUCAAUUUCAAUCAGCAAAUUAAUCAUUACAAAUAAUGAAAAAACGACAGUUUGGAUCGUCACAGACUCCUGCGAAAAAGGGAAAAUUCAAAAACGACGAGGAUGACGAGGAUUUACCUGGUUCCUUCGAGGCCGAACUGGCCACCAUGAUGGACGAUGAUUUUGGAGACAUCUCCCAGAUCAUCACUGAUGAACAGCCCUCCACUAGUCACUUUGUCCCUAGAAAACGACAACGAGGCCCAGAGCAGGAGAACGCGACAUCAAAAUGGUCUCGUCCACCGCCACCGGAGUUCAAUCCCGCGAAGGAUACUCUAUCAUUCCAACAAAUCGAGGUAGACCAUUACACGGGUAAGGCAAUGGUCGGAAUGCCAGGUAGCAAGGCCGGUCCAGUCCCCAUAAUGCGAAUGUUUGGAGUAACGAUGGAGGGCAAUUCAGUGUGCUGUCACGUCCACGGUUUCUGUCCCUACCUCUUCGUCUCGGCACCCCCCAACUUCACCAAUAAUCACUGCAAGCCCUUCAAAGAGGCCCUCGACAACGCAAUAAAAAAGGAUAUGCGAUCGAACCCCGAGAAUAUCAUCGACACUGUUCUAGCAGUUGAAAUAGUUUACAAACAAAAUAUGUAUGGAUACAGCGGUGAGGAGAAGAUCCCCUUCUUGAAAAUAACAGUUGCCCUUCCACGUCUCGUCGCUGCCUGCAAAAGACUCCUUGAGAAAGAGGUGAUUUACUCAGCAUUUCACCACGACUACAGAGCAUUCGAAAGCAACAUCGACAUUGACAUAAGAUUCAUGGUAGACACAUCAGUGGUCGGCUGCUCUUGGAUAGAACUUCCCUCUGGCACUUGGAAAAUCAGGGGAAAAUUCAAUCACAACAUGCCAGUCACAUCGAGAUGUCAGUUGGAGGUUGACGUCGCCUGGGAUGCCUUUGUCUCCCAUCCACCAGAGGGUGAGUGGUCCAAAGUCGCACCUUUCAGAAUUCUCAGCUUUGACAUCGAGUGUGCAGGGAGAAAAGGCAUCUUCCCUGAACCCAAUCACGAUCCUGUCAUCCAGAUUGCCAGCAUGGUGAUCAGACAGGGCGAUCACGAGCCCUUCCUCAGGAAUAUCUUCACUCUCGACACUUGUGCUCCUAUUUUAGGCUGUCAGGUACUGAGCUUCGGCACCGAGAAACUUAUGCUUGAGAAGUGGGGGGACUUUGUGAGACAACUCGAUCCUGACAUAUUCACCGGGUACAACAUUAAUAAUUUCGAUUUUCCCUAUUUGAUAAAUCGUGCUCAACAUCUGGCAGUGAAGAAUUUUUCAUUUUUGGGGAGAAUCAAGGAUAUAAAGAGUGUCAUCAAGGAUCAGAUGUUGCAGAGCAAGCAGAUGGGGAGAAGAGAGAAUAAAUAUGUGAAUUUUGAGGGAAGAGUUCCGUUCGAUCUGCUGCUAGUUCUCGUGCGAGAUUACAAGCUUCGAUCUUACUCUUUGAAUGCCGUGAGUUAUCACUUUCUUCAGGAGCAGAAGGAGGACGUCCACCACAGUAUAAUAUCGGACCUGCAGGCAGGUGACUCUCAAACUCGUCGACGACUCGCUGUUUAUUGCUUGAAAGAUGCUUAUCUGCCUCUGAGACUGCUAGAUAAACUCAUGUGCAUCAUCAUCUACAUGGAGAUGGCUAGGGUCACUGGUGUCACUCUCGCCAGUCUCCUCACACGUGGCCAACAGAUCAAAGUUGUCUCCCAGUUGCUGAGACAUGCCAGGGAACGCGAUUAUCUCAUGCCAGUGCACCAGGGACAGAGCUCAGAAGAGCAGUACGACGGUGGAACUGUCCUCGAACCGAAGAGAGGGUUCUACAAUGAUCCAAUAGCCACUCUCGAUUUUAGCUCUCUUUACCCCAGCAUCAUCAUGGCUCACAAUAUCUGUUACACUACUUUGCUGACCAUCCAGACGAAGAAUAAAUACAAUCUCAGUGAUGAAAUGGUAACGAAGACACCCUCCAACUCUCUGUUUGCCAAGGAAACAGUUCGAAAGGGAAUUCUACCUGAAAUUCUAGAGAAUCUAUUGAGUGCCAGGAAAAAAGCCAAGGCUGAGCUCAAGAACGAGACUGAUCCACUCAAACAGAAGGUACUUGAUGGUCGACAAUAUGCUCUCAAGGUCUCUGCCAACUCGGUUUAUGGAUUUACUGGGGCUCAAGUGGGGAAGCUUCCUUGUUUGGAAAUAUCAGCCUCGGUCACAGCUUUUGGGAGAACGAUGAUCGAGAAGACAAAGCAGGAGGUUGAGGAGAGAUUUUGCAUUAAAAAUGGAUACAAACACGAUGCCAAUGUUAUCUAUGGUGACACUGACUCCGUGAUGGUGAAAUUUGGGGUGAAAGAGAUUGUGGAAGCUAUGGAAUUGGGGAAGGAAGCUGCUGAGUAUGUCUCAGCUAAAUUCGUCAAACCAAUUAAGCUCGAGUUUGAAAAAGUUUAUUUCCCUUACUUGUUGAUUAAUAAGAAGAGAUACGCUGGGCUAUACUUCACAAAGCCUGACAAAUACGAUAAGAUGGAUUGUAAAGGAUUGGAGACAGUGAGAAGAGACAACUGUCCUCUCGUCGCCAACAUGAUGAACACUUGUCUGCAGAAGUUGCUGAUAGAGAGAAAUCCUGAUGAGGCAUUGGACUACGCGAAACAGAUGAUCAGUGAUUUACUCUGCAACAGAAUUGAUAUCUCCCAAUUAGUUGUGACGAAAGAGCUGACGAAGACUGAUUACGCUGCCAAACAGGCUCACGUGGAGUUGGCGGCAAAAAUGAAGAAGAGGGAUGCUGGAACAGCCCCUAAACUGGGAGAUCGUGUUCCUUAUGUCUUCACGAGUUCAGCUAAGGGAACACCUGCUUACAUGAAGGCUGAGGAUCCUAUUUACGUGUUGGAGAACAGCAUUCCUAUUGACACUAAUUAUUACUUGGAGAAUCAGUUGGCAAAACCUUUGAUUCGUAUCUUCGAGCCUAUCCUCGGGGACAAGGCUGAAUCACUUCUUCUCAAGGGUGAGCACACUAGGACCAAAGCUGUUGUUACCUCCAGAGUUGGGGCACUUGCUGCAUUCACCAGGAAAAAGGAGACGUGCAUCGGUUGCAAAUCAGUUUUACCUCCUGAGAGAGAGAAAAUGGCACUCUGCAAAUACUGUGAGUCCAAAGAAAUUGAUUAUUAUCAGACUGAGUUGUACGCUGGGAGAAAACUUGAGGAGAAAUUCUGCAGACUGUGGACGGAGUGUCAGAGAUGCCAGGGGAGUCUUCACCAAGAGGUACUCUGUACCAGUCGUGAUUGUCCCAUUUUUUACAUGAGGAAAAAAGUGCAGAUGGAAUUGGAUACACAGAUGAAGAGGAUUGAUCGAUUUGGACUCACUGAUUGGUAACAGUGCAUUCGCCAGCCAAUCCAUUGCCUGAUCGAGCCCCUCUCCCUUUUUCGCUGAUGUCUUAAAGAUCUGGAAUGUUCUGUUCUUCA